AUGCGAGCGGCCGUUGUUAUCAUCGGGGAAGUGGUCUACUUUUCAUUCGUGAAUUACGUGCUCGUAUUCAUUUGCUACAUGAUUUAUUUGCUUCCGGUUGCGAACCGUAAAACCUGGCCAUUUUCAGACGACGGGAUGAUUCUCCAUUCCAACUGCGAAGACUACGGUAAUUUUGUUUUGGAUUUAUUUUUGUUGGUUGAUUUUGACUAAUUGUAAUUUUUUAAGUUUUGUUACCUAAGGCUUCUGUUUUUUGAGAUUUUGUUUUUAAAAAUGGUAUUUUAUGAUUUUUUGUUACCUAAAAAACUUUUCUUGGGAUUUGUUUCUAAAAUGAUAUUUUAUGAUUUUUUGUUACCUAAAAACCUUAUUUUUUACAUUAUUAUCGAAAAAGUUUUUUAAUGUGCAAUAGUCUAAUCUAACACUAUAUGUUGAUGUGUUUUGCUUGUUUGUGUUGAAAAUGUUUGUUUUCUGCCAUUUUUAAAUAAUACUAAUUUUUUACUUACUUUUUUAAACUGCACUUUGUAAAAUACGAGUAGUUGUGUUUAUAACACGUCACUUUGUUAACGAAAAAGCACAUUUUUGAUAGUUAAAAGUGCAAUUUACGGUAUUUUAAAUUAAGUUUUUGCCUUUUCAGAUUAUGCUCUUUCUUCUCAAUUUACAUUUCAAGAAUUUGUGGACGCUUGCAAUUCAGACUCAGACAAGGAACGGUAUGCUUUUUAAAAUUUGCUUUGUUGUUUGGAAUUUAGGUUAAUCUGGAAAGUUUGCGGAAGAAUAAGUAACAAAAUGACAAGAAAGGUACUUUGGAGCUGACUUUGGUCAAAAAUUUAUUCGAAAUUAAACAGAUUUUUUAAGCUUUCUUUUUGAUUUUUGAAAAAUUUGUUACCUAAAAUUUUAAAGUUUUGCAUUUUGGAUUUACGCGAUUUUUUUCAAAAAUUAGUGAUUUCAUGUCAAAAUUUUGAUUAUGACUGUUUAAACAUGAUUAGAAUUGCUGCUUUUAAUAUUGUAAGUAGUAUUGUUACCUAAAAUUUUUGAUUUUUUAUUAUGUAGGGUUUUCUAUUGGAUUUUUUUCAAAAAAUUUUUACUUGAAAGUUCAUAUUGCCUAACUAAUGUCAUUUCAGACUAAAUGCAGCUUUCAACCUGAGCGAUGCGAUUCGAAAAAGCCCUGAUUUUGACUUUUCUAUGGACGACUUUUUCGAUUCGCUGGAUAAAUUGUUCGAAUCCGAAGGCCCGGUUCGAAAAGCUGUUAUUGAAAAGGUUCGCGAGGUAUUUAGCGAGCUAUCAGUCAAAGCAAUGUACCAAGAACUGAAUGAACUGACUGAUCGAACAGUGAAACAACUUGUCAAAACAAUAGACUCGACUGAUGAAAACGAACAGAACACGGCUUUAACUACAAUCACAUAUCUGUUUGAGAAUGAAUAUGUUGCUCAGAGUAAGGUUUUGGCUUGUUUAGAUUUUUUGAAUUUUAGGUAUGGCUUUGAGUUUUGGGCAAGAGAAAGUGACAUUUUUAAUUGUUUUACUUGAUAAGAGUACAAUAUUAACCCGGUUAACAUUCACAUAGCAUUGAAUAUAGAAUUUUCUUAUUUUAUUAUAACAUUCUUGACCGAAAGCUUGUAAAAUCUUUUAAUAACUCAUCAAGAUUGAAAAAAAUGGUUAUUUUGUUACUUAUGUUAUAAUAACUUUCCUAUUUUUAGUAGAUGUGACCAAUUCGAUAGUGCCAGCGCUGUUUCGCUUAUUUUUUCGGCAAUCUAAAAUGAGGUUAAGAUGUAAUGAAACUCAGUUUACCAACAUGAUCAACAUAGUUGCGGUAGGUUUAAUUUUUGCUUUAUGGUAAAGGUUUUAAACUUUUGAAGUAUUUUUGAAAAAUUUUGAGCACUUUUUUGAUUUUUGCAACUUAAAAAGUGAAAUUUUGAAUUUUUGUGUAUGUUUAAGGUAAAUUUUAAUUUUUUUUGGGUAUUCUUGGUAUGUUUACAUUACCUUUUUUGUAAAUUUCUAACAGUGUCAAAUAGGUUUUGAAUUUUAAAGAUUAAACAGGUAGUGCGAGAGCUAGAAUUACGAAAAAUAGGUAAUCUUUUAUUAUGUAGUAG